CGGAGGAAACUGAGGCAGGAGCAAAGUCCUCCAGAUAUGCCGCCGGUUACCCCCAGAGGGGUCUCAGGAGACCAUUCCCCCAGCUCAGAUCUUCUUUGGGAGGAGGGCUUUGGGAGUACGUAAUUCUGGAUACCUGGGGAAGAGAGCCCUGAACUCCAGAGCUCCCAGGUCUGAGGGAGGAGGGCGCUGGAGGUCUGGACUGCUCGGGCUUUCAGGGAGGAGGGUGCUGGGCUCCUGGACGCCAGCACGUGAGAGAGGGAGCUGGAUAUCUAGACUCCUGAAGGAGGAGGAGGCGGGGAACCAGGACUUUCGGGUCUGAGUGAGGUGGCGGCCGGGAACUGGGACUUCUGGUCUGAGUGAGGAGGUAGCUGACUUCUGGUGCUGGUUGGAUCGGCAUCGUUGGGUCUCUUCACACCCUUCUUUCCAUUUCCCCAUCUCGGAGCCAAGGCAGGCAGCCACUCCAGGUGGCUGCCCCUUCCCUCUCCUGAGAUGUCAGGAAAGAGGGGACCACCUGUGUCCCCUACAGGGGCCCCCCAGAGCCUGGGGGCCCCCAGCACUGGAGCCUGGAGGUGGACGAGGUGCUGACAGGUGCUCAGCGAGAUGCUCCCCAGCCCCUCCUGCUCCCUCCCCAUCCUCCUCCUUUUCCUCCUCCCCAGUGUCCCAAUGGAGUCCCAUCCUCCACCCUUACCACUGCCCCCAUUUCUAGCCCCUGAAUGGGACCUCCUGUCCCCCCGAGUAGUCCUGUCCAGGGGCACCCCCGCUGGACCCCCUCUGCUAUUCCUGCUGGAGGCCGGGGCCUUUGGGGAGUCAGCAGGCAGCCCCGCCAACCGCAGUAGGCGAGGGGUGAGCGAGACAGCACCAGCAAGUCGCCGGGGAGAGCUGGCUGUGUGUGAUGCGGUCAGCGGCUGGGUGACGGACCGCCGGACAGCCGUGGACCUGCGUGGGCGUGAGGUGGAGGUGCUGGGCGAGGUUCCUGCGGCUGGAGGCAGCCCUCUCCGCCAGUACUUCUUUGAGACCCGCUGCAAGGCUGACAGCACUGCUGAGGAAAGUGGCCCUGGUGGGGGUGGGGGAGGCUGCCGGGGUGUGGACCGGAGGCACUGGGUGUCUGAGUGUAAGGCCAAGCAGUCCUAUGUGCGGGCAUUGACCGCUGAUGCCCAGGGCCGUGUAGGCUGGCGAUGGAUUCGAAUUGACACUGCCUGCGUCUGCACACUCCUCAGCCGGACUGGUCGGGCCUGAGGCCCCUGCUCAGGAAUUGGGCAGGCAGAGGAAGAAGAUAGCUGGAUGCUGAGGGACCUCAGGGAUGGCCUGACUGCUCUGGGCCUCAGUUUGGGAACUUGUGAAAUGGUCACAAAAUCACAGCUUUCCGAGUUGGAGAGCUCAAGCCAUGCAAGACAGUGAAACCAAAUGGGGUUUUGAAGGAUGAAGAGGAGUUCUUCUGGAUGAACUUGAGGGUGAUGAUGAUGAUGAUGAUGAUAUCCAAUACUUUCUGAGUGUCUACCGUUUAUCAGUGCUAAUACACAAUUUGUCAGAUCAACUCUGGUGGAUUUAACCAUCGGAGGAA